AGGCUCUUUUAAGUUUAGAUUUAGAUCUCGAGAUCUGGAUCUGGUUUUUGAUUAUGAAGCUUGGAACAAAAGAAAAGGAAUUAUUAGGAUGUUCCAAAAUUUUGUGGUUUCCUUAUUCGGAUACUUAUUUUCCUUUUGAGUUUGGUUCUGACAUCUGUGCAAAUCUAACAUUAGAUCGAGCUCCAAAGUGUACUUGGUUCGUGUCUUUCUAUUUUCCUAUCUUUCAGCCAUAAGGAUAAAAUAGUAAUAGCAUAAACCCUAAAAACAUUUACAUAUAUUAUUUUUCCUUCGCCGUUUCGUAUUAUUUGUACGACUUUAGAUCGACCUCUAGCUCCAGAGGUGUAAUAAACCCUAAUAUAUAUAAUUAUCUUUUCUUAGCCGUUUUGUUUCUUCAAGUUCUUUUUUUCAUCUGUUUCACAGAUCGGUCUUCUCCCAUGUUAAGUGUUUGCAAAAGGACAAGAAAGACAGUCACCGGAGAUUUGUGUCUUCCUUUGGAUAUAAUAGUGGAGAUACUCAAGAAACUCCCGACAAAGUCACUUGUGAGGUUCCGAAGCGUCUCCAAGCAAUGGUCAACCAUUAUCAGCAGCGACAGAGACUUCAUCGAGUCUAUAGUCACUCGCUCUCUCAGACAUCCGCCCCUGAAGCUUCCUGUCUUCAUCUUCCACCAUUGUGUGCCUGAAACGUUCUUCACUGUUUCCCCUGUUUUCUCUCCGACCACCACCGACCAUGUAGUAACUAUCCCUCGACCAAGCCGUCCCUGCACCUUCCACUAUCAAUACUCCCGAGGCUUGAUAUGUUGCUCUUCUUUCGAAUCUCAUUUGGUUACCAUAUACAACCCUACCACCAGGCAGGUUUUUCCGUUACCCGAGAUCCAAGCCCCAACAAGGUCCGGAUUGAGUUCAUGCUUCUUUGGCUACGACCCUAUCACGUAUCAAUACAAAGUCUUGUCCAUUAUUUUCGACUGUGACGAGCGGAAGCAAACUUAUCAUGUUUUCACAUUGGGAUGUCAGCAAUCUUGGAGGAAAGUGAAAGGCAUUGAUGAAGAUUCCUAUCCAAACGAUUACAGUGUAUGCAUCGACGGGACUAUCUACUACAGCGCAUACAGAAAACCUCGUGAGACUAUUUUGCUGAGUUUCGACCUUAGGUCCGAAAGAUUUGAUCGCGUCUUGGUUCCAGAAGCAUUAUCAAAAGCAUUGUUGGCUCGUAUUAAUCAUCAACGUCUGGUAAACCACCUAGGUAAGUUGGGAUGCAUAUGUUGUAACGACGGCGACACAAGUAUCUGGAUUAUGGAUGAUGCCAAAAAACAAGAAUGGUCGAGAACAAUCCUUUGCUUGCCAAACUACCCAGUGAAGUUGUUAGGAGCUGAUGUGGAUACCUUCUCUGGUGCCACCCCUGCUGGAGAGAUUUAUGCAACUCAAUGCAACUAUUUCUUUGAUAAGUCAUUGUAUGUUUACUACUAUGACAUGAACCAAAACAGCUUUAGAAGAGUUCAUAUCGAAGGUGGUGUUCGCGAUAAAACAAAGAAGCGUAGGUAUUGUGUUGAAGUAUUUGCGAUUCAUGAUCAUGUCGAGAAUACAAUGUCGUUGUAACAAUUUUCUUUUGUAUUUACUUCUUCUCAGUUACUUAAGUGUUAUAUACGACGACCCACUGCUUUUAUG